AUUCGCUUUGAGUACCCCCCCCACCAAAAGCUGGAUAAGCCACUCCGUGUGAAACAGUAUAUGAUACAUGUAGAUACAUCUGUGUCAAGCCCACCAACCUCGUUCCCAUGGGUACGAUCUUGCCGCGCCAUGUAGGUUCCACCAUACCUUGCGCGAUCAGGGAACGCGUACGCAGCGCAUGGAGUCGAGGAUCCCCCCGUCCCCGAAACAGAUUUUAUUUAAUUGAUCAAACUGCUAGAGUUCAACACCACGUAACAAUGAUAAGGAAGAAAAUGAAAGAAAGGGUUUUUCCAUAGCGAAACAUAAUAGCCACCAUUUUACUUCCUUGUCCAACGUGAUUUCCGCACAUAACGAAACUAGGUUGAGUAACACAGGAGGCCCCGACACGCCAUCUGCCAUCACGAGCGACGUCAGAUGUCUUUAUAAAAGGCGGGCGCGCCACGUUCUCGGUAUCAGACACCACGAACUUAACACCGACUUCGCAAACGAUUCUUUGAGCCCAGAAAACUCCUGACUGUCGAAGAUGAUCGGCCCCGUGGUCUUGUUUCUGGCCGCAGCCGUGGCCGCCUUUCCAGGCGCAGCUGAUGCCGCUCCGCCUGAUCCAAGCAUGUCCGUUGUGCGCAUGCUGCAAGCGAACGAAGUCCGAGUCGACGAGGUAGCGUGGACGGGCCUGUCAGAUGGCCAAUCUCUGUAUGGCGGGUCUCCCUGCUCGUGCCAAGGCAAGGAAUGCGGGUGCUGUCAGUCCGUUAAGAUACCGGCGCUGGGAAUCAAUUCAAAAGCCUGUGCAAAUGUGACAUUCUUGUCUGAGCAAAUCGGUGCCAAAUUGUCAUUAUCCAUCGAUGGAAAAGUCAUCUUCGACCAAACAGUGUCAGUUAAGAACCCCGAACCUAUCUGCAAGAACUUCAAGGGAAGAUUUCAGAUUUGCGGCGAGCUGUACAAGUUAUCCGUGUCUCCAGAAGAGUUCGAAGCCUGCGCCCGCCUGCAGGCCAAGGCUUACGGCCGAGUUAUAGCCACGGUGGACCUGGGCUGCUUCAAGAUCCCCUUAAAGGAAGACGAGCUAGCUCUUGUGGAAUCCACAGAUACCGUGGACGAGUGGCUGGACCUGUCCCCGAGUGUGAGCGCGAACGGCCCCUGCUCCUGCUCUCACGAUCAGUGCCAGUGCUGCCAACGAAUCAAAAUAAAGGCGAUAAAGAUCAACAACAACAUUUGCAUCAAGGUUCAGUUCUUGUCCUCCAACAUCGGCGUCUCCCUGUCCCUCACGAUUGACGGGAAAACCGUUUUCACGAAGACUUUGUCGCUGAAAAACCCUCCCCCAAUCUGCGAGCCGCUGGGAGUCGGCAAGGUGUGCAUUUCCCUCUACGACCUGUCUCUCACCAAGGACGCCCUCAGCGGCUGCGGCCGCCUGCAGGCCAAGUUACUCGGGAAAACGGUGGCGACGGUCAAGCUGGGCUGCUUCAAGAUCCCGUUGCACCUGGCCCUGUACGGCCGCUCCCCCGAGGUGGAGGGCAUUCUGCACAUGGGCGACCUGGCCGAGGCCCUGGCAGGGCCGGUGAUGGGCGGGGAGCUGACCGCUGACAACUUCCCGCUGACUAUUGCGCUGGAGCCCUACCUUACCGCAGACGACGGGGAGAACUAGAGACAGCGAACCAAGCUCGAAGAUCGGGACUGACCCCCAUACCGUUUGCUCCACUAAUAACCCGUAGAGGCUAUGUUUAUUGUUACUAAAAAGAAGACUGGCGUGUUUAUCCAGGAAAGCCAGUUAAAGAAUAGGCCUACGUAUUGAUGACGUCACAAGCUUAUGUUAAUAUUACAGUUUUUUAUGGUGCCAGUGGAGUCACGGUCCACUAAGCACCAUAGGAGAGCAGAUUGGAAAAAAUUGCGGCGUCAUCAGUAUGGAGGUGUCUAUUGACCUAUUGCUGUUCAAUCAUUUCAACGCUGUUUGUGAAAAUACAAUUUUUGUUUAAUUACAUGAUGCACAAAACGGACGCAGAGCGCGGAAAAAUCUGAGUCAAACAAAACUCAAUGUGUAAAAAUUUAACAGGGGUGUUCUAAAAGGUGUGGCCAAAUAAAAGGAUACGCUCCAUUAGCUUACACGGGGCAACCCUGACCGGGGUGGCUGUGUGAAACCACGAGGACGGUGGGCACGAGGUUAAACCCGAGUCAACUCGCCAGGAAUCUACACGUAAUUGAACGCACCCUUAGUGCGCAAAAGACUGGUCCACCUAGCCCCGCCCACUGCACACGAGGGCAAUUAGAAACAUUAAUAAUUAUACUUCUCUCUAAACCUUAUUUGAACUUUAAUAUUGAUCAUUGUGUUGGGAAAUUCAUUCUUUGGUUUCACAAGAUUAAGAAUGUACACAGAACCCAGGGCAGGGUUUCGUUAAUGGAAAGAAUCUUUAAGAAUAGGUGUUGAAGAUCCAGUGCAUUGAUGCAUAGUUGUCUGCUAGACUCGUCAAAUCAUUUUUCAUAAAGAAGAUAGCUUGAAGCUGGCGCUUAUAAUAAAAAAUGCUUUUAAAAACGA